AUGGAUUUAAAUCAAACACCACCAACAGAAGAGGAGGAGAGGGCAGGUGAGCUCAGCUCGCCUGCAGCUGCAGCGGAGCUGCAUGCAGAAAGCGGCGAAAAUCGCUCGCGUAGGACGUCUUCCACCAGGAAGCGUCCAGUUAAUAAGUCAUCCGACGAGGAAGGCCUGCCGGCUCCUAAGUUGCCGACCUCGAGGAGGGGACGACGGCAAACAAGAGAGGCGAGUGCUUCGCAGCCGCGGAGGGAUAGGCACGGGCGUUUCGUGCGCUCCGAUACCCCGGCGGCUAGCGAGGUAGAGAGUGACAUUGGGGUCACUAUAGAGGACCCAUGUGAUGGCGGUGAAAGCACUGCCUCACUGGGGAGCUCAAAGGCGGAUCUCAAUGCCGCCAAAAGGGAGCAGCGCAAAGCCGUCGCGGCCGACGAAGUGUCGGAAAUGGUUGCCACCAAGUCCGGCAGCCUGAAGGGCACAUUCACCCGUGGGUUAAAAGAGGCUGCCGCAGAUAUCAAGGAGGCGGUUGCCCUCCUCCUCAAUAGGACGACCUCUGACGAGGUCGCCAAGUUACGGGAGGAAAACAGUCGCCUCCGUAACGACCUUGACGACCUUCGGCGGCAAGUCGCUGAGUUAAGCUCUCAGCAGCGACCCGCGGCUGAUGAUGCCGUACCUGCUCCUGCACCGCCGCCGCAACCCAAUAGCCUUCGCACCGACGAAGAGGUCGAGCGCAUUGUCCGGCUCUGCAUGCUCCAGUGCGGGAGCAUGGUCAAUGCUCGGCUGGAAGCGAUCUCUCGUCGUCUUCCAGCCGAAACCCUCCGCCCUCCUCUAGCCGCCGAUGCGCGGAGGACUGAGGAGCGGCCGAGACCAGGGCCUCCAGUAGAGAAGCCGGCGGAAGGAGCCCCUCUGCGCGGCCAGCCCACGUCUGCCGGGUCCAAGGGCGAGACUUGGGCGAAAGUCGUGGGCCGCAAGAAAGCCCGCAAGGCCGUCAAAAAGGCCGCAGCAGCCGCACGCGUCCCCGGUAGGACCGCUAAAGCGGCUGCGCAGCCUGCACAGCAGACUACCAGAGGCGGACGCAAAGGACCAAAGAUACGUGCCCCGCGCUCCGAGGCUGUUACGCUUACGCUACAGCCGGGGGCCGCGGAGCGUGGCGUAACGUACCAGUCUGUCAUUGCCGAGGCCAAGGCCAAGAUCAAACUACCCGAUCUUGGCCUCGAGUCCGUCACCCUCAGACAGGCUGCCACGGGUGCGCGGCUGUUCAAGGUGCCAGGUGCUGUAAGCGACAGUGCCAAAAAGGCGGACGCUCUGGCCGCCAAAAUUAGGGAGGUCCUCAAUCCGGAGGACGUCCGGGUCUCCAGGCCAAUGAAAACCGCAGAGCUGCGGAUUGCUGGUUUGGACGACUCCGUGACCACCGAGGAGGUGGUGGCGGCCGCUGCCCGAAGUGGUGAGUGUCCGCCAGACAAUGUGCGGGCCGGCGAUAUACGCGCUGACGCCUCUGGACUCGGCGUGGUCUGGAUUCGGUGCCCCGUGGCGUCAGCGAAGAAAAUCGCUGAAAGUGGCAGGUUGCUGAUUGGCUGGGUUGCAGCGCGGGUAAAACUGCUGCAGCCCCGGGCUCUGCAGUGCUUCCGGUGCCUGGAGAAGGGGCACGUCCGGGGAAACCGGCGGGACACAAAGUGGGCGGAGGGGCCUGUGGUGCACCCGCCACCAACAAGGCCCAAACGAGCCGACAAACGUGUCGCUGUGGAGGUGGAGACGCUAUCGGACCACCGAUACAUCCGGUUCGACGUCUCUGCCCGGACCGCGAGCGGCCGCCAAUCAACAGCCCCGAUUAACGACGGCCCGCGCUGGGCGCUCAAGCGCAUCGACAGGGAAAUACUCGAAGAAGCUGCCUUAGUCCAGUCCUGGAACUGGGAGUCGACGACGACCGGCCCCGUCGACGUCGAGGCGAUGGCACUGCGAUUUCGCGGGGCGAUGACGCAAAUUUGUGACGCGUCCAUGCCCCGCGUCCGCCCACAGUCCGCAAGGCGCCAGGUGUACUGGUGGACGGACGAGAUCGCGCAAUUGCGCGUAGCGUGUGUCGCGGUUCGCCGCCGGUACACCCGAUACCGGAGACGACGACGACGGGAUCCCGUCGAGGAGGACGCGCUGUACCAAGCGUACCGCACGUCCAAGGAGACUCUGUGGCGGGCCAUCGCCGACUCAAAGUCGCGUGCCAGGGAGGAGCUGCUUGGGUCCCUAGAUAGGGAUCCGUGGGGACGCCCCUACCGCUGGGUACGGGGCAAGUUGCGUCCAUGGGCACCCCCACUAACCCAAAGCAUGGAUCCACAGUUGUUGGAGGCGGUGGUAUCGGCUCUCUUCCCUGAGCGAGCUGAGUACGUUCCCCCGGCGAUGGCUCCGCCCUCAGCCACAGACUCUCCAGCAGAGGAGAGCACCGACGUCCCCGAGGUGACGCAAGCAGAGAUGAGAGCGGCCGUGUUGCGACUCCGGGCAAAGAACACGGCGCCCGGACCCGACGGAGUUCCUGGACGUGCUCUCGUCCUUGCUCUGAAGGAGCUAGAGCCCCAGCUGAGAGGGAUCUUCACAGCAUGUCUCGGGCAGGGUCAGUUUCCCAGUGUGUGGAAGGAGGGGAAGCUGGUUCUGCUGAGGAAGGAGGGGCGCCCAGCGGACUCGCCGUCCGCGUACCGGCCCAUAGUGCUGCUCGACGAGGCGGGCAAACUUUUCGAGCGCAUUAUCGCGAAUCGCCUCGUCAGCCACUUGUGCAGAGAGGGGCCGAACCUGGACGACAAUCAGUUCGGGUUUCGUCAGGGGCGCUCCACCAUAGACGCCAUCAUGCGCGUGAGGACCCUGGCGGAGGAGACGGUGUCCCAGGGUGGGGUGGUGCUGGCGGUGUCUCUCGACAUCUCCAACGCAUUUAACACCCUACCCUGGAGUUGUAUUAGGGAGGCACUAAGUUACCAUCGCGUGCCUUCCUACCUCCGCCGCACAGUAGGGGCUUUCCUAGAGGGUAGAUGCGUCAUAUAUCGGGGACGUGACGAUGCAGGUCGGCACCUCGUAUCUUGCGGUGUUCCACAGGGAUCGGUCUUGGGACCGCUCCUGUGGAACAUCGGCUAUGACUGGGUGUUGCGAGGCGAACUCCCGCCGGGCGCUGACUUGACGUGCUAUGCGGAUGACACGCUAGUGACUGCCCGGGGCUCGCACAGGGAAGCGACGUUGAAAGCUACGGCUGCGGUGUCACAGGUGGUGAAUCGCAUCCGGCGCCUGGGCCUGGAGGUGGCCCUGAACAAGUCGGAGGCCAUGGUGUUUCAUGGCCCCCGGCGUGCGCCGGCGCCGGGAUCGCACAUCGUGGUCAGCGGGGCCCGCAUAGCUGUCGAGUCUACCAUGAAAUACCUGGGAUUGGUGCUCGACAGCCGAUGGGAAUUCGGGCCUCACUUCCGGCGACUGGCGCCCAAGCUGAUGGGCGCUGCGGGCGCGCUUUCAACGUUGCUUCCCAACUUGGGGGGCCCGAGCGCCGCCUGUAGGCGGUUGUACGUGGGAAUCGUGCGAUCCAUGGCCCUGUAUGGGGCCCCUGUUUGGGCAAUGGACCUGACGGCCAACACCCUCGCCAUUCUGCGUAAACCGCAGAGGGCGAUGGCCGUCAGAGUCGUCCGCGGGUAUCGCACGAUUUCCUACGAGGCGGCUUGCGUUCUGGCCGGAUCCCCGCCCUGGGACCUAGAGGCGAAAGUACUCGCGUCAUUGUAUCGAUGGCGCGAGGAAGAGCGCGCACGGGGCUCGACGCCGAUUCAGCGGCAGAUCGAGCGACGCCGAGAAGAGCUCCGUCAGAUCUUGGUGGCGGAAUGGCGGCAAAGGCUUCUGCGCCCUACCGCCGGCCUCGCUACCGUCGAGGCGAUCCGGCCAGUACUCGACGACUGGCUCGGGAGGAAGCACGGCUCCCUGUCGUUCAGGGUGACGCAGGUGCUAUCUGGGCACGGAUGCUUCGGCAAGUACCUGUGCCGCAUAGACAGGGAGCCGGACGCUCGGUGCCACCACUGCGUCCAUUGCGGGGAGGACACGGCGCAACACACGCUCGCCGAGUGUAUAGCUUGGGAGGAGCAGCGCCGUGCCCUCACAAACGAAAUAGGAGGCGAUCUGUCGCUGCCGGCCGUCGUACGCAAGAUGGUCGACAGCGCGGAGUCGUGGGACGCGGUGGUGUCCUUCUGCGAGGACGUGAUGUCGCAGAAGGAAACUGCGGAGCGGGAGAGGGAGAUCACGACUCCCCUCCCCGCCCGCAGUAGGCGCACCGGGCGCAGGAGAAGGGCGGACAACGCCCUCUUCCAGCCCCCAUGAAUGGGUCCAGGGGCGCGGGACUUGGGGAAGUCCC